AUGCGUGCAUUCCAACUCCUUCUCACCUUGGUUUGUGCAUUCCUGCCCAUUGCAGCAGCCCUCAAAUUCCAGAUCGAAGCCAAACAACAAGGCUACCCGCCACGCUGUAUCCGUGACUUUAUCCAAAAGGGCAAAAUGGUAGUUGUCAAAGUUACUUCCAGUGGACAGCGUGGAGAUGGCCAGAAUCUUAAUCUUCACAUUCAUGACAAUAAGGGCAAUGAGUAUGGCCGUAAAAAAGAUGUGGCUGGUGAUGUUAGACUUGCCUUUACAGCCCAUGAUGAUGCCUCUAUUGAUAUUUGCUUUGAAAAUAUUGGCCAAGAACCAAAGAAAAGAGAUAUCGAACUUAACGUGGAAAUUGGACCUCAAGCUCGUGAUUGGAAUCAGAUUCAAGCUGCUGAAAAACUCAAACCAACAGAACUGGAACUUAGACGUAUUGAAGAACUUACAGAUGAAGUGCAACGGGAACUUGAGUACUUGAAAAUAAGAGAAACAAGACUUCGUGAUACUAACGAAUCAACAAACAGACGUGUUAAACUUUUUUCAAUCGGUGUUGUUACUUCUCUGGUUUCCCUUGGUCUUUGGCAAACCAUUUAUCUUAGAUCUUACUUCAAGUCCAAGCAUAUAAUAUAA